AUUCAUGUCCGUAGCAAUCAUUUGCUACUCCUUCUUCCCUGUUCUGAUAACUGCAUAUAUCAAGAGAGUGUUUCGACUCCCUUUGUGAGGCAAGAAAGGGAAAGGAGUUGGCACGUUUUCCUUCUUUCAAACAUAUAUCUGCCACUGCACUGUAACCGGUGGUUUUUUGUGUGUGUGCUUUAACUGUUGCAAAUAAGACCUGGCAUAUUUCCAGAAGGUGUGUCUGGGCAGUAAACUUAUAAGGUUCUAAAAUGUGCUAUUGUGGAGUAAUACCCUUCCGAAGGCGUGUAGGUGUGUCUCUGACUGUAUAAAUAGGCAAGAAGCGUCAGUACUUUGAAGGAGACGGGGAUCACCUUGAGUUUUACACUUGGACAAGCGGAAAAGACAGCAGGAGGUAUGUGUAAUAGCUAUCUUGCAAUUUGUCUGCAAUAGAAUGCUAAUCUCUCAGAACGGAGCGGCUAAAUUUCUUGGUUGCCUGCUCAAAGGCAAACUACACAUUACCUACAGGAGUCUUUUUCUUUUUCAUUCACAUUUUUAAACUAAAAAGCAGAACCUUAUUAACAGACAGCAGGAGGGCAGAGGGGGCGAGGGGGAACUGGAAUGGCUGCUUACCCUUUCCCCUCCGUCUUCCACUAUAAACUACAUUUUACAGGCAGCUUUCCCCAAGAUAGUGGGGAAAGCGGCUUGGGGAGGGUGAUUGCAAGUGGGCAAAUAGCAAGAGGCAAAAGAACUAAGCAGUCACUCCACACCAGUAGUAGAGCAUCUGCCUUGUACCAAGGAAGUCCCAAGUUCCAACCCUGGCAGCUCCAGAUAGGGAUGUAAAAGAAGUCUGUCUGAAACCCUGGAGAACCACUGCAAGCCUGUAUGGGCAAUACUGACCUAUGUGGCCCAAUGACCAGUGGAUUCCAUAUAAGGCAGUUUCCUACGUUCCUAGCAUCCUUACUGCUCUUCUGUUCCUGCUUGAGAUUUCAGAGGCUCCUUUUCAACAGCAACAGCAAUUAGGAAAGAAAGAUGCAACUGUGUGAUCAGUGCCAGCCAAGGUUCACACGGACUAACGUUCCGAAUUCAACAGAAAGGCUGCUUCCUAUGUUCGCGUUAUGUUGCUUAAAUCUUAUUGAUGCCUGUGGGAUGCGGAGCCCAGUUCUUUGCCUAUUUCCUCAGACAUAAUCCUACUGACUUUAAUGGGGCUUUAUCCCAAGUAUGCCCAUUUAAGAUCUGUGUGUGCUGGUCCAGUCUUUUGCUCUGGAAUAGUUCCUCUGAAGUCUGUGGGCCAAGAACUGCAGCGUUAGAUUUCUGUCCCCAACUAGGCAGCAAAGAGUUGGAUAGGAGAAAAACCAUUGGGUACCUACUUUUGCCUUUGGGUGAGCAGUAUUCAGAUUAAGUAGGGAGUCUUGCGCAUGAGUAAAUAUUGCAUUUUGCUAAUGUGAAUGCCUUGGAAAUUGUCUGUUGGAGGAGGUGUGGUAGCAAGCACUGAAGAUGUGGCCCGCUUUAAUAAUUUCACACUAACUGUGGUUACAGAUCAUGCAAUAACUGUCAGUUCUUACAUGUAAUAAAUGAUGCUUAUCCAGUCAGGGUGGUUCACCAGCAACAGGGCUCAGGUUUGCAAAACGAGUUACGGCAGCAGAACAAAUUCCAAAUGUACAUUUCCCUCCUAUCAUUUUUGACAUGUAUCUGCAUUGUAAAGGAAACACGUCCCCUGUUUUUUUUUCCCUUAGCAUAGCAUCAUAUUUAAUAUUUAAUAUGCAGCUGACUUGUAUGUAUCUCCAUUGGGUUAGUCGUAAGCACACAGAGGAUUGCAGCCUUUUUCAUUAUUUUUCAGAAGUCUAAGUUGGAGAGGUACUUUUACAUGAACUUUUACUCCAGUAGAGCUUUGGUUCCUGCAUUCCUGAACCUUUGCGGUCCCCUCCAGUUCUACAAUUCUAUUAUAUUAUGAUGAUCAGAGGGGAAUCUGAAACACGGUUUGAUUAUUCAAUAAUCAAUAAGCACAGAGCUGCUGGACUAAAUAUAAACCAAGCCACCCAAAUUGGCAUGUGCAGCCUUAAGUGCGUGUGGCAGUCUCUCUCUGGAUUGAGGCUAAGAGCUAUUGAGCUUUGAAUAAGGAAUGGCCCUGUGCUUUAUACACAUGAAAUAAAUUUUCUGGAGGGGCUUUCCCAUUUGAGGAUAAAGGUUUUUGGUUUUUUUACUAAUAAGCUCUUCCCAUGAGCAUAGAAAUCUGCUGUACAGAUUGCACUAACCCUGCCCCCAAGGAGCUCAGAAUGUUGUUUAAACCUCACAACAAACCUAUCUGUGCGAAGCAGGGACUUAAACAUACACACCCAACAUUCUAGCAUCCUGGAAAACGGUGGGUACCACUUUUCCAUGGGCACUCCUACACAUUAGCAUCAGCUUUCUGUCCUAACUUCUGUUGCCUCUGGCAGACUUUUCAUCCUGUUCGUGGCUCUUUCCCUGAUCCUUCUUUAACUUGGAUUUGGCUGAAAUGAAAGAAAAGGGAUAGUCAGAAAGGGCAGUGGGAGCCAGAUGUGAAACAGCUGCAUAUCUGAAUAAAUUUCAAGUGAUCUUAGCUGCAAGUGAUGUUCUGCCUAAAGGGAAACUGUGGACUGAAGAAUCAGUUCAUCUAAGCUCUCAAACACACCCCUGUUUGCUUUCUGGCUGAGUGAAAGUAUCAUUUCCUAACCUAUAUUGUCUUCAGAGGUGGGUUCGGCAGUCAGACAGAUCUAGGAUGAGAUUAGAAAUUGAUAUCAUCCUCACGCGAAUGUGGGAGAAAGGAAACAAUUUCACGUUUUGCACAAAAGUUAUCCGGGUGCUCUUAAAACAUAGUGCCAAAGCCAAUUUUACCUUUGGGGCAGUUUUGAGAUUUAACCUUAUAAAGACUGAUUGUGUCAACAGUCAGGUAGUCACGAUCAUAAUAUGACUUCCUGGUCAAGAAACAUCUGAGCUGGUCAUUUUAAAAUAAUAUUAUGUUUGGUCCUGGCCAAAUCAAGACCGAUUGAUGUAAUAUUUAUUUUAAAUGAGGCACCCAAUUCUGUUAUUUAAGUCUUUUAAAAUCCUAUUUGCCGAUUCCUGACAAAAGUAUAGUACUUUUGGUUAAGGUGCCCCUAGUUUAUUGACUUGCCCACCCAUUUGACUAUAUGGCCAUGGGUUGUACCUGACAUUGCGCAAGCAGAAGGCAGUUCAUGCAACUGGAUUUUUAUUUCCUCCUCGUCCACCCUACAGCCCUUUCAGAACUACCCCAAAUCCAAUUUUGGGUGAUCCCCUUAUCCCUCAUCCCUGUAAAUAAGAGCCCAUAAUAUUCAGGAGGUCUGCUAUACCCUCUGUAGAAAGAUUUGGGGGUGUUCCUGGAGGAGGGAAGAGUUCUGCUCAUACAGUCCUGGAUAAAGCCCAGUUAUGUCCCUCACUCUGAAAAGCAGAUACUUUGUACAGGUGUUCAUGCACCACCUGUCAAAAUUAGAAAGAGGAAGGGUAAGGCUCAAGCCUACUGGCUCUGGCUCUUACCUCCACCUGUUCAAGAUCUUGUAAGCAUGAGGCUUAGAGACAAUUAGUAUCCUUCAGAAAUGGAGGGGAUAGAUCAUGCAUAAGGUGUCUGCUUGCAUUUUGGGCAAUGAAUACCUUGAAUUUCCAGAGGCUAAGGCAUUGCAACAGAGGUUAGCCCUUUUUUUUUUUUUUUUUUACAGAGAUAAAUCCAUGCUAGAAAGAUACCAUGAUGUGAGACACUGAUCAUUGUACUGCUUUAUGAUCUUUGCUGGUGUCAGAGUAUCGAUCAUGUUGAUGCCAACAUGGCUAAAGAUGGAAAUAUGGAUUGUCAUAAAUUCAUUUUACUCUCCCAAAACAGGUUUCAAGAGAACAGCAAACCAUGAAGAUCAGACAUUUCGCUGUUCUGUGCGCCCUUAUUGUGUUCUCCCAGGUGCUACAAGCUGACUGUGAAAUACAGAAAGAGAGGAGAAGAGGGAGGACCAACAAUGGAAAAGGUGAGAGGCCACAGCCUGGCUCUGAUGACCAGAAUGGAAGAGGUCAGAAAACCCGAGGACAGAAGGGUUCACUUAAAGGCAAGUUCGUCACCAAAGAGAAGUCUGAGUGUACCUGGGCGCUGAAUGAAGCUGAGAUUGCUACCUUGAAAAUUGAUUGCAAAAGAUCAGAGAGCACCUUCUCCUGUGAAUUUUCAGGCAACCCUUCCAGCUGUCCCCAGUAUGCAGAAAACAAGAAGGUGUUCUGGAAGCAAAUUACUCGGUCUCUAAAGAGGCAGAAGAACAUCUGUGAAGACCCAAAGAGUAUCUUAAAAUCUAAAAUCUGUAGGAAAGGGCCAUCAGCUGCUCACCUUAGAAUGGUGACACCAACUAGUUCCAGAGAAGACAAGCCAGUUCACCAUGGACAGGAGACCGCUCUGGAACCUGUUACAUCUGGAACCCAGCCAGACGAAGCAUCCAGCAAUUGUGUUGAAGAUGUCGAUUAUAUUGAUCAGAAAAAAGUGGCUGAAGAACACUGCUCAGAGUUAUGGCGGUCUCUUUGCCUUUUCGUCAUUUCAAUGAUACAAGAUAAAAAGUGCAAAUAGGAAUACAACAAGGUUGGCAACGUUCCUUGAGUUACUACAGGCGCACAUGUAAAUCACAUUGUAGAAGGACGAACCAUUCAGAAUAGCUCUCUAAUACAUUUGCCCAGGAACCAGUUUUCCUGGAGACACUCAAAGGUGACUCCUUUUUCAUCUCCAAAAGGGGCUGCUGCCAAACCCCAUGGCCACAACUACUGAUCCCACUUGCACCCUCCUUAUCGCCACAUAACUGUGGGGAAGAGGUCACAUGAUGCAACUCAUGGAGGGAGAUUGGACUGAGGCCGAAAUCGUGCUGAUUUUCCCAUCAUAUAAGGGUGACAUCUUCAAAGUGAACAUUUAAAGGUCUCCCCCUCCCCCAGAAGAUACUGUUUUUCUCAGGUCAUCAAAGAUGCUAUAUAUUUUAUUUUUCUAAAGAGAGAAAUUGAUUUAUAUAGCAUGCUAUAUAAAUGUUACCAUUGGAUGUUACAAGCCCUCUGUAAAAAUGUACAUAUUAUGCUUUGUUGAAUAUCUCCUCCUUCGCUUGAGUAUUUCUAGCCAAAGUGAUUAUUUCAGUGCUAUGCACUUUUUGUACUUUUGCUUUCAGAAUUGCAGAAAAUUAAUAAAGUUAAAUAUCUACUCAG